ACAUAACCUGAGAAAGGCUAGCAGACUUCUUUUCUGAUUUCUUCGUUUCUCAUGCCUGCAAAUUGUCAGUGAAUCAUAUAAAAUGGGUUGUACGUGCACCAAGGACCGGGUAACGGUUGGAGGGAGGCGAUUUUACGUCAUGAAACGGCUAGGAGAAGGUGGCUUCAGCGUAGUGGAUCAAGUAGAAGAUGAAGUGGGUGAGAAGUUUGCUCUGAAGCGUAUUCAAUGCCAUGGAGCUGAAGAUGACAGACAGGCGAAGAAGGAGGCUGAAUACCAUUGUCAAUUCAAACAAAACCUCAUCGGACUAGAGGAAUGGGGCUCGGUUAAAGGAAAGGAAGGAGUUACAGAGAUUCUUUUGGUGCUGCCAUUAUUUAAGAGAGGAACAUUGCAAGAUGAACUGGAUAAGAUGAAAGCUGAUGGAAGGUGUAUGGCUGAAGAGAGGAUCUGGAGGAUAUUCAAAGGCGUAUGUGAAGGGAUCAAAGCAUUACACACAGCCAAACCCAAGCCACUAGCUCACAGAGACAUGAAGCCAGGUAAUGUAAUUAGUGAGGAUGAUACACCAGUUAUAAUGGACUUUGGAUCUAUGGGGGAAGCAAGGAUAGAGGUCAAAGGUCGCUCCGAGGCAUGUGCUCUACAGGACCUAGCAGCUGAGAAGUGUAGUAUGUUAUUCCGAGCUCCAGAGCUUUUUCAUGUUGACAGUCAUUGCAUCGUGGAAGAGAAAGUAGAUAUCUGGUCUUUAGGUUGUGUACUCUUCAACAUGGCAUAUCUUCACUCACCGUUUGAACCUAUCUAUGCGAGAGGAGAUAGCAUUCAUUUAGCAGUACUUGGUAGGAAUUUCAAAUUCCCUGAAAACUCAAGGUAUUCCCAAGGUCUUCAGGACACUGUUUCGGGUAUGCUGGUUGUAGAAGCUGUAGAGAGACCAAACAUAGACUGGGUCCUAAACAAAACCACUGAGGGACAACUCAACAUGGAAAAUAGAAUAUAGACUCAACAUGGGACUAGUCUAAGUUUGUUUCCGUUCUAGUCCAAUCAACUGGCCGCUAUUGUAACAGGACUAUUAAACAAAGCUGCGAAGCGACAAGUCAACAUGUAGGCUCAUUGAACUUGUCAAGCUUUUACGAUCUAGUCCAAUCAACUGGCUGCGGUUGUAGCAGGACAAACAAAGCGACUACCGGUAGUCAACAUAGAGGACAGUAUGUAUGCUCGUGGGUAUAGUCCAAGUUAUCUGGUCUGACUAAUGGAAGCUAAUGUAGCAAGACCACCAAAGCUAUCGAAGGACAACUGGCCAUGGAGAAUAGAAUAUAGACUCAUUGUACUACCAGUAUUCCUAAGUUCUCUAAUCUGGUCCAAUCGACUGUCCUCUACUUUAUCAAGACCACCAAAGCUACAAAGUGACAAGUCCACAUGGAGAGCAGGAUUUAGACUUAUUGUAAAGUCUCAAUGGUCUGAUCAGCUGGCUGCUUAUAUCCAACAGUGUUUAUGAUAUGUAUGGUCUAAUCAAAGUACUCUAGUCUUGUAUUUCAUUACCAGUACUGUUAAUAGCAAAGAAUAUUUUGCUCUGAAACCUGCCUGGGAUUGGUUUUGUGGUGAGACUUUUGAAUAACUAAUGAUUGACAGUGAAAAAGACCAACCACGUUUUAUGCCACCAAGACACAAUUCUAGGAGUUGUCCAUAUGAAGGUCCCAAUGUUAGGCCAAGAUUGAUGGUCUGUGAAGUACGUACUUAAAGGUGCCGAAAAGAGUAGAACAUGAUUUAGACUAUUGAGGCGUUGCAAGAAAGUUGCAAUAAAUUGCAAAUCUCCAAAAUCAAGCAUAAGUCUUGCGAUUAAUUACAAAUUUGCAAGUGAUUGCAACUCAACUUUCUUGCAACGCCCCAUUAGAGAAUAAAAGAUAGAUUUAGUUAGCUUAAUUUAAUUGUUAAAACUUUAAUCCGAACAAAAUCCUAGGAAAUUUAGGAGACUAGUGGGGCAUUGCAAGAAAGUUGAGUUGCAAUCGAUUGCAAAUAUCAGUUGCAAAUUUUGCAACAGCUUGCAAACGAUCGCAACUUUCUUGCAAUGCCCCGUAUGUGAUGUACGAUCAUUACAACUCUUAGUGCUGAAGAUAAAGAGAAGUGCAUAUGAAGCAACUCAAAAUGCAGAACAAAGAAAACUCUUGAGGAAUGAAACAAAGGGAUGUGUUGAUUUCAGUACUAAAAAACCUCAACGAACAUGGCAGCAUAAAAUAGCGGAACCUGUGGAAAUCCAAUAACAGCUGUGCCAUCAACUUAAAAUUAUUGCUUUAAAAAAGUGAAAUAAGUAUAUCAUGUCAAGGCUUUAGAAAGAGGUAAUAUGGAUAUCUUGUGUCAUCUGAUUAAAGCAGAGCUACUGCAAACAAAAUAAGUAUGAGUUCUCUUUUACUUCAGUACUUAAGCAGAGGCUUAAAGAGUUCAUCCUACCUUCAGUUUGGUUUUAAUCUUUUAAUUCUGUUUACAAUACAAGUUAUGCUGGAGGAAUGGAAAGUAAAGAACGGCUAGUUCAGUUUCCUUCUGUCAUGCAACUGAGCAAACCUUAUAUGAUACAUGUUUGUGUAUGUUUGUCCUUGCAAAGCAAUAUGUUAGACCUAUUAUGUGCUUAAUACUGCCGUAGAAAUAAAAGAUUUGUUGGUAUUCA